AUGAGUAAUAAUGUUGAUAUGAUCGAAACAAGUCCUAUGGAAGAAUCUUCAACUAAAAUACAUCAACAAAAAGAAGAUGAUGAUCAUCAUCGACAAUGUGUUGAUGAAUUACGCACUAUAUUUCUUCAAGUUCAUCGUUAUCAACAAGAACCAGAUAAACAUAAAGAUGAAUUAUCACAACUUCAUGCACGUGGAAUGCAUUUAUGUAAUAAACUUCGUUCACUUAAUCGAAAUGGUCGUAUGCGUAUACAAAAAGCUCGAGAAUUAACUGCUGAGCAUCGUAAUCGACUUGAUGAUCAAACACUUGAACAACAGAAUCUUCUCUAUGAACUUUCACAUAUUAACAGAGAAAUCGCACGUUGUGAAGAAUUUAAAUCGAAAGAUCAACAAUUAGAAUUAGUUAGUGUCGAAGAUUUUUAUGCAAAUGCACCACCUGAACUUACUGAUUCAAACGUUACUGGUAAUGAUCCUCAUCGACUUCAUUUAUUUCAACUUGAUUGGGAAUUAAUGCAAAGAGAAAAAUUACAUGAUGAUUGCAAAGCAUUGCAAACUGAAAUAAGUGACCUUAAAAAACAAAUUGUUCGUCGACGUAAACGACUUCGUUCAUUACGUCCUAAACUUAAACAAGUUGUUAAAUCAACAGAACCUGUUCGUCGAUAUAUUGAAUCACAAUUUGAUGACACAAAUAAUCUUUCACAAUCAAUUAAUAAUCCAUUAAUUGCAAAAUUACCAGAUCCACUCUAUGUUCUCUAUAGUCUUGUUUUAGCUUAUCAACAAUGUGAUGGUCGUCAUGUAACGUGUCAAAUUGAAUCGAAAGAAGAUUCAUCAACAACGAAUUCAUCUAUGGAUACAAAUUCCGAUGGGAUAUUUAUAAAUGGUGAUCAUCAACAUCAAUCAUUAAUGCGUCCACAUCCGUUACAUGUGAAAAUGAGUUUAAUACUUUCUCCUGAUCAUACAGGAGAACUAUUGUUUACAUUUUUACCUCAUUUAAAUAUUGUUACUAUUCAAGGAAAAUUAACUGGUCUUAAAGCUCAACAAAGUCAAACAUUAACAUCAACUCUUCUUCAUAAUUUACUUGAUGAUAAUGAUAAUGGUCAAUUAUCACCGAAUCCAACAACUGAUUUUCUUUUUCAACAACAAGGAAAAUCUUCUCCAAUUUUUUCGGAUACAAAUGGCGGUUAUCCAUAUCAUUGGAUUCAACAACUAUGUAAAUGUCAAAUGGUUCCAUUACAACGUCAAGAACUUGCAACUGAUUGUUCAGAAAUAAUCAAACGUUUAACUCAACGUAUGCGUGCACGAAUUGCACUCGAUCGUAUAUUAAUUAAUUUAGAAAAAUCUGAAAUGCCAUUAUUAGCUGAAGGUCAUGAAACAACACAUAUACUUAAUUCAUCAUUACGUCGUUCAAUAAAUAAUCUACCAAUAUUUCGUUCAUGCCGGGAAAUAUCAUUUGAUGAUAUUCAUAAAUAUGAACAUAUACAAACAUUAAUUAAUGAAAAUCUUAUUGAUCGUAUAACAACAUCAAUAUAUGAAUGUAAAUUUCAAUCAUUAUCACAAGAUGAAAAUAAUAAAACAAUGCUAUAUGCUCAUAUAUUUAUUCCACCUAAUUAUCCACAAGCAAGAUCAAUUAUUCUAUUAAAACUUAUUUCAACAAUUAAUGGAAAUAAAACAAUAGAACGAACAAGAAUCAAUAGUGAAAAUAUUAAAAUAUUCGAACGAUCGUUGAUAUUUGAUGUUACAUAUCCGUCAAUGAUAUCGAGUGGAAGUGGAUCAGUUGAUUUAUCACAACAUUUUACAUUACUUGCUCAACAAAUUUGGCGUUUAUCAAUUGGAUUUCCAUUAUUAAUUGAUGCUGAAUCUAAUUUAACUUGCACAAGUCGUCGUCGUCAAACAUUAUUAUCUCGAUUAAUUGAUUAA